CCAACGAGUUAUGCACCUUUCGAACCUUUUCUCAACAGUCACCACCUAUACAAUACAGCUAUUCUCCUCUCUUCCUACGCACUCUUCCUGAUGAUUUCAGCGAUGUAUAUUUCACUUGUCACAGCAACUCUCUCAAACCUCAAACACCUCCUAGCUUAGCCGGAACAAUAGAUAUUGGUCAGGCUGCGGCAGAGUCUUUCGCCGGAGCGGGCAUACAGCCAGCAAAAGUAGUAGCUCGGUCGGUGGAGCUUUUAGGUGGAGAGAUUCUCAACGAUGUUGGCUGCGAUUCUUAUUUUUGCUUUGGCAUCCUUCCCGCAAGCCUUCUCCCAGGAAGUUGGGGAGAUCGGAGGCGAAAGAAGCAUUGAGGCGGAAUCUGGCCACGAACUCCAAGUGCAUUGCUCUAGAGAACGAAGCAGGGCUGCCUGGAAAGUCAUAGACGAGUAUUUGAUGCCGUUUGUUGAGCAAGAAAGGUACCAGAUUCCCAGCAAGUGUAGACUUCAUCCCAGUAAUGAUCUCUUCAGGGAUCAAGAGCAGCACAAGAUUAAUUAUGACUUCAAUCAGUGGCAGUGUGGAUACUGUAAGAAAAGUUUCCGCGCUGAAAAAUAUCUAGAUCAGCAUUUUGACAACAGGCACUUCGAUCGUCUAAAUGUUACUGAUGGUAAGUGCUUAGCUGACUUGUGCGGUGCACUGCACUGUGAUCAUGUGAUGGACUCCAGGUCGGUAAAAAAGACCAGGUGCAACCUUGCUGCCACGGCAAAGAAUCGCCAUCUAUGUGAGAGUCUUGCAGACAGAUGUUUCCCUCUUAAUCUGAGCCCAUCUGCAGCUCGCUUGCAUGAACUGUUUCUGCGCCAAUUUUGUGAUGCUGUGACUUGCUCAGGGAAAAAGAAAAUUUUCCCUAAAGGUGGGAAGAAAUCAGUCAGCGUGUUCUACCUGGCUAUCUCGAUAUUGUCUUUAAUGCUACUCCCUCUGUUCUACCUUAUUGUUUAUCUGCAUCAAAGUGAAAUAAGGAGAGGAACACAGCAGCUGAGGCGGAUAACACGAGUUGGGAAGAUGAAACCUUCUUAGUCAGCAUGUUAUUCUACUGCGCUAAUGAGUCGGGAAGGUAUUGGCAUUUGUCUGGCCGCGGCUCGUAUGCCAUCUUCUGGACCAUGAACAUGUAUCUUUUUUUUGUUUUGUUUUUAGCAAUGAUAGCAAAAAUCUUUCUGCUAGCAAGUUCACAAGAAGUUGCAUAGAGCAUAUACUUUUUUGUCCCUCAAUCAUUUGCAUAGAAAACAGUAGUGCUAAUGUAGGGCUUGUCUUUUCAAAAUAGAGGCCUGGUUGCCAAGGCUGGAUUUCAAACUCCAUAUAGGCAGUGCAAACUGGCAAGCACGAUCUACUUGUAAGUGAAUUUUCGGCAUAUUCAUUGUUACUAAUCCACCUUUCCUCUACGUGUUCUAAGUUCUAAUACAAUGUAUAUAGGCUGAAUAUUAAAUAAUUGCGAUUUCUUAUGACGCGGUGUUCCGUGCAACUUGUAGAAGCAAUGCUGAAG